AUGAUAUUAAAAUUGGAAACUAUUACAAAAGAACGGGAAGCAAAAAUGGAAUGCUUGUGGAAAGAGUUUCAGAAUGUUCUCAGUUCGUAUUUGAAAUAUACGGAAGAGUACCGGGAUGAAUACAUCGAUCUACGUAAUCGCGAUGCUGAGGAUACUCGAAGCAUUCAAGAUCAUUAUAAUGAAGUUUCAAAGCUCACUGAAAAGAUUGCCGAGUUAAAGUUGCAGUUGACCAACGUGAAAGAUGAACAAGACUUCAACAUCAAUCAACUCAUCAAGCAUCGAAAUGAUCUGAAAUUAAAAAUGGACAAGAUAAAAGAAGACAUGGAGAACCGUCUUAUUGAUGAUAAAGAAAAGUUAAAGUUCUUGGCGUUGAUGGGCAGUAAAACUUAUAAGAAAGGCAAAACCAUCAUUCAGUUGAUGCAACUCUGCGAAAACAUGGAGAUGGACCACCAAAAGGCAGUCGAUAGGAUGCCGAAGAAAAAAACAUUUUUGAACUACAGCGAAGAAGAAUUGAAGACUCCACCAUCACCAUUAUCCGAAGAACAUCACAUGUACGAUAAACUUGAGAAGUUUUGGAUGCGCUACAAUCGAACACGAAUCGACUGUGCAUGUCUUCAGGAGGAAAAGAUGUCACUUCAAAAGCAGAACAAGGAAUUAAAAAUGAAGUUGAAGGAAUAUUUGGUGACUGUAAACAUGACGAAUGGACAACCCGCACAAAAAAACGAACGUUUUGCUAACCGACCCAGCAGCAUGAAGAUUGAAAAGAUUGAACAUAUCGCUAUUUCAUCCAAAAAUCAACUCAUAAAAAAUUCAAAGAAAGACAAACGACCAGUUACUUGUAUCGAAGGCAACCUUAGCAUUGCAGUUCGUCAGAUGAAAAUCUCAAAUUUCGUACAGCGUGUCGAAACUUGCUAUGCAGUUGAAAACAAACUUUAA